AUGUUGAAGGGUCAUGCCGUGAUGGCCGACCGACUGUGGAUGCCGGCUGCGGCAGGGGCGACGCUGGUAUUGAUGGUGAUGACAGGCCUAGCAGGAUGGACAUCCGAGAGAAGAAUCGAGGCGCAAGGCAGCUUCAAGUGCUUCGUCGUAGACGGGAAGGCGAAAUGUCUGCCCAAACAGCGAAUGCUUGCAAAUGAGAAGCAGGAAGCCAAGGUCACCAUCUCAGCAGCGAGGCUCUCUAAGGUGCUGGAACGAGCCAAAGAAAAUCGCAGGAUAGCAGACGAACUUCUCCGAACAGAGGGACUGGAAGGGUUGCAGAGAAAUCAGAAGAGAAUCGCGGAGUUGGCUGCCGCGAAGAUCAGGGGGAUGAACCGCAUGCUUGGUGCGCUCGAGGCCUCCAACGAGGGCGUCGUGAGGGAGCUGGGCGACCCCGGACCCUCCGGCAGGGACGGACCUCCCGGACCUCCCGGACCUCAUGGGCUGCAAGGGACGGAAGGGAAGGAGGGCGAGGAGGGAGACGAGGGCCCGGAGGGCAAGGAAGGCGCUCCCGACCUCACGCUGCUGCAGGCUGGACCAGCAGGACCGCAGGGGAUGCCAGGACUGCCUGCUCGCAUCAUGUCGUGGCGAUGA